UCAGCUGCUGAGCCGGCAACUUGAUAUCUCCGCGGCUUCCUGCAAGCAGUAAUUUUUCACAUUAUUUUUAAUUUUGCAGGAAAAUAGUAAUCAAACAAGCUGUAAAAGAACUGACUAGCCAAGAUAAGAACAAUUCUGUGAGAUCAUGAUUAUCUUACCGGUGUUAGGUCUAAUUAUUAUAGGUUUUAAGAUAACCCCAGCGCUAACGUGUCAAUUCCCCACCGACUGGAGACCCCUCAGCGAGGGCUGCAGGGCAGAGCUGGCUGAGAUUAUAGUCUAUGCCCGGGUUCUGGCUAUUCACCAGGACAUGUACAGCGUAUUCAACUAUCUGCCGUGGCAGUACGAAGCCAGUCUGUUCUACUCGGCUGAGAUAGAGACGUUGUGUGACCAGGCGUGGGGGAGCAUGCUGGAGGUGCCCGUCGGAUCUCGGCUCAACCUCACGGGCUUGGGUUACUUCUCCUGCCAGUCUCACACCGUUCUGGAGAACAACAGUUACUUCUUCUUCCUCAGGAUGGAUGACAAUUAUAACAUACUUCCACACGGAGUUAACUUUCAGGAUGCUAUUUUUCCAGACACCAUGGAGAACAGGAAGAUGUUUUCCAGUUUAUUCCAGUUCUCUAAUUGUACACAAGGUCAACAGCUCCAAACGUACACAGCUGACUGGGAGGUCCAAGAAGAUCAUAGGCUCAUGUGCUCCACGGUGCAGAGGGCUCUCUUCGAGGAGGAAGACAGAGUGAAGAAGCUGAUCAACAGGGUGGCCAUGCUCGAGACUCGGAACAAGCAGCUGAAAGACAAGGUCAAGAGAGUGAAACGCGCCCUGCGGCAGGUGAAGAAGAAAAGCCGGCGCAUGGACCAGCUGAACAAAAAACUGUUGGAGAAAUCCUCAAACAGCGGCAGCCAGCACCCUCAUUAUGCCAAACCAGGCUCCAACAUGGCAAUUCUGAAAGGUUAACACACAGGAAGUGCGAAAUGCCUCUGAAAGAAUCAAAGUUUUUCUUUUUUCGUUCAUCUUGUGAUUUCCACCGAGCUAACACAGGAAGUGCUGGGCAUUCCAGUUAGCAGAGUCACUACCCUUCAGUGAAGCCCACUAGACCACUGGGUCCCUCUCCCCACCCAUUUAUGAAUAGUUUUAUAGUCUCAUUGCUUUAAGGAGAGGGAAGAUGAAAAAUCUUACUGCGCACAUUAUUAAUCGUUACAUAGAACUUAGAGCAUUGAACAUUACAGCAUAGUACAGGCCAUUUGGCCCAUGGCGUUGUGCCAGUCUUUUAACACAUUUCCAGAUCAAUCUAACCCUUCCCUCCCACAUAGCCCUCCAUUUUUCUCUCAUCAUGUGCCUAUCUAUCAGUCUCUUAAAUGUCCUUAUGUAUUUGACUUUACCACCAGCCCUGGCAGCACAUCCUUGCACUUGCCAUUUUCUGUGUAACAAAAUCUGACAUCCCAUCUAUACAUCCCCUUCCAAUCACCUUAAAGUUACACUCCCUUGUAUUAGCCAUUCCACCAUGGGGAAAAAGUUGCUGGCUGAACAUUCUAUCAAUGCCUAUCUUCAUCUUAUGCACCUCUAUCAAGUCACCUCUCAUCCUCCUACGCUCCAAGGAGAAAAGCCCUAGUUGAUUCAACCUAUUGUCAUAAGAUAUGCUCUGAAAUCCAGACAGCAUCCUGGUGAAUCUUCUCUGCACUCUCUCUAAAGCUUCCACAUCUUCCUAUAAUGAGGGGACCAGAACUGAACACGAUACGCCAGGUGUAUUCUAAGCUACAACAUUACCUUACAGCUCUUGAACUCAAUCCACUGACUAAUGAAGAUCAACACACCAUACACCUUCCUAACCAACCUAUCAACUUGAGUGGCAACUACUCCAAGAUCAAUCUAACCUUUCCCUCCCCAAUAGCCCUCCAUUUUUCUUUCAUCCGUGUGGCAUUAAGCAUUCCUUGCUUUAGGAGCAGUGUUUCCUUUUGAGUUGUCUAUGUCACUAUAGUUAGCAGAAGGAUUGCUGGUACAAAUGUCCUGACAAUAUCUAUAGUCUUCAGUGCUCUCCUUUGUGGAAUCUUUGUGUGGACAAUUGGAUGACCGGUGUUCUGCAGGAAGUGUGACAUUUGUCCAGUUGAAAAUUCUUGUAAACCUCUGCAACACAUUUACAACAAAUGUAACUUCUGAAAACACUUUGUAUCUGAGAAAUUACCUUGCACCGUGUCACCAAGUAAACCAUUUGGAAAUCACAUUCUGCACUUGUUUCCUCAGCCGUUGUCUAUAUAUUUCAAUAAAAAUGUAUACUUUGCUAAUUAUUCCGUUUCUGAUGAUGAGUUACAAAGUUUAUUGUCCCAGUUUUGUAGAACAGGAACAGAAUCUCUGGCCCACAAUAUCUGCGCUGAACAUGACGCUAAAUUAAACUAAAUCCUUUCUGCCUACUCAUGAUGCUCAUCCCUCCACUCCCCACAUGUUUAUGUGUCUGUCUAACAGUCUCUAAAAUACCACUACUCUGUCUGCACCACUCAGAAUGCUGGAGGAACUUGGCAGGUCAGGCAGCAUCUAUGGAGGGGAAUAAACAGUCGACGUUUCUGGCUGAGACCAUCAGGACCGGAAAGAAAGGAAGUUCAUUGACCAAAUAACAGGAACCACGCUCUUAGACAGUAUGUUCCAGAUUCCAAUCACUUCCUCAAAUCCCCUCUAAACUUCUGGGCAAUUUCUUUAAACCUUUGCCUCUUGGAUUCAGACACUCUGCAAUGGGGAAACAUUUCUUACCGUCUAUCUCACUCAGAUGGGAAACAAAAGAAAUCAAGUUCAAGUUUUUUGUCAUUAUUGUCAUUUCAUGAACGGAAAAAGUGAAAGGGAUGGUGAAAUGCUCUUCAAUGUGCUUACCUGCUUGAAACUUCGUACCUUGUUUAAUUUGUGUCCAUGGAUUUCCUCCAGUUGGCUCCUGACAAAGUAUUACAUGCAUUAGGACUAAUGUAUCUCCCCUUUCACAGGAGACAAGCCACUGGGAUCGUUUGCUCUGCAUAUUGUAUUUUAGGGUUGGAACCACUACUGGAGGUCAAAGUUCAAAGUAUUGAACAUAAGAAGCACUCACAAGAGAAGUGUAAAUGAAACAUAAAUUAUAUACAAUUUUUACAAGAAAAAAAUUAGAACAAAAAUUUAAAAUAAAUAUCUUUGAGUGCUCUGGCACCUCCAUCAAAGUUAGAACAGUACAGCACAGUACAGGACUUUUGGCCCAUGAUGUUCUGCUGACUUUCUAAACUACUCUUAAGAUCAAUCUAACCCUUCCCUCCCAUAUAUCCCUCCAUUUUUCAUUCAUCCAAGUGCCUGUCUUAGAGUUUAUUAAAUAUCCCGAAUGUAUCAAACUCCACCAGCACCACCCCGGCAGUGCAUUCCACACUCUCUGUGUAUAAAAGCCUACCUCUGACAUCCCCCUGUACUUCCUCCAAUCACCUCAAGAUUUUGCUCUCUCGUAUUAUCCAUUGUCACCCUGGGAAAAUGUCUCUGGCUAUCCACUCAAUCUACGCCUCUUAUCAUCUUGUACAAAUUUGAUCAAACUGUUCAGACUAUUUGCUUUGACAGCUGUGAAACUUUGCCAUUCUGUUGUGUGGUCUAACUGCAUGCCUGGAGUCCCACAGCCUGUGCACUAGGAUGCUGUGAGCAUCAAAGGGUUGGUGUUGUGAUACCUUCCCGGCAACGGCUCUGUCGGAGUCGGACCUCACUCAGAGUUCAACUGAGACUGACCCAUUUCCUGAUUUCAUGUCCGAGCCAUCCUUGCCUUUGCUCUUGGUUUUCUAACUUAGUGUGGGAUGAGGUGGUUAUUUAUAGAACUGCUGAAUUCAAAGUAAAAUAAAAAUUAAAUUUGCGUUUAUUGUCAUCUGCAUAAGUCCAUGUAUGGACAGGCGCAAUGAAAAACGUACUUGCAGCAGCAUCACAAAAGCAGCAUUUAAGGUGAUAGGGGGAAAAGUUCAAGGGAGAUGUGAGGGGCAGGUUUUUAUUUACACUGAGAGUGUUGGAUACCUGGGAUGUGCUGCUUGGGGUGGUGGUGGAGGCAGAUACAUUAGGGACUUUUAAGAGACUUGUAGACAGGCAUUUGAAUGUAAAUAAAAUGGAGGGUUCUCGAUCUUGUGAAGGUAGAAGGGAUUUGUUUAGUUAUCCAUUUGAUCACCAAUUUACAAACAAGAGAAACUCUGCAGAUGCUGGAAAUCAAAGCAACACACACAAAAUGCUGGAGGCACUCAGCAGGCCAGGCAGCAUCUAUGGAAAAGUGUAAACAGUCAACGUUUUGGGCUGAGACCCUCAGGACCUGAUGAAGGGUCUCGGCCCUAAACUUUGACUGUUUACUCUUUCCAUAGAUGCUGACUGACAUGCUGAGCUCCUCCAGCAUUUUGUGUGUGUUAAUUACUAAGUUAAUUGGUUUGGC